CGCCCCGGCCGUCACGCGAACCCAUCGACCGAGAGGGAUCGGCACGUAGUCUUCGGAGCAUCGAGGCGCGCAUCGAGGCGCGCACGGGCCGGGCGCGAAAACACCCGGUGCGACCCCGCGCGCCGUGAAAUUUUCCACACCGAACGGAAGCCGGCGAGAAGCGAACACGUGGGAAAUGGGGACGGGAGGCACUGCGGGAACGGCGGAUUCCCCGACGAAGAGGGACCUGCAUCGCGUGACGACGCAGGAGAAGCUGUUUCAGAGCGAGUUCAACGCCCCCGCGGGGCACUGCUCGGUGAACGCCGGGGAGGUGCGGUGGACCCUGCGGGGCUACUUGCCCCCGAAACAUCUCCGCAUACCCGGCUACAACUACGGCUUGCCGGAGGACAGCCAGGGCACCGGCUUCGACGAGUGCUCCCCUUCGAUCGUGGGGAGGGAGAGCACGCGGGAGCUGAUGGCGGGGGUGUUCCUACCGUCGUGCGGCGACGUUGACAUGACCGACAACAGCUCCAAGGUGACGAUAACCCUGAACGAUACGAGGACGGUCAAGGGUAACAUGUCGUCGCGGCCGUCAUGGGGCGGCGCGCACUACGCCAAGGCGGCGGAGAUGGCGGUGCCCAACUACGCCAUGUGAGAGGGGCGAGAGCUCGCGCCCCGGGAGGGAUUCUUUUCCCCACCGGAGCGCGUGAAAAAAACCGUGAGGAGGCUCCGAAAAACACACUAUUCUUUUCGCCCCGAGAGAGCCGCGGCACGCGCCGUCCCCUCUCGUCGUGCGGCACAACCGUAUACGCUACCGACACCGUGUACCCAUACCGUGAUGAGUCCGGCCGAUUCGAUUUCAACCGUGUUUGUACUGUUGUAAUACCCCAUCCGUAGACUUGAUCGUU